CUCCUCCCUCUCAACGACGUCACCCGAUCCCGAUCUCUCCCGAAGCGUCAGCGAUAGUCGGUAACACAGUGUGGUGGCAGAUCAGCGGGGCGGUGCGCACAGCGGGAUAAAGCCUCAGUGUGUUUCAUCCAACCAAAAAAAAAAAAAAAAGAAAAAAGAGGGGGUUGCACAUCCAACCAUUUCCAGAGUUACAACAACUUCACCGGCCCUGGUGCGCUCAGCUCUCCGGUUUGUGUGGCUGCAGAUCAGGGGACAACCGGGAACUUGAGGAACUAAAAAAGAGGACGGGUGCCAAGCAGAUUAUCGUUCGGAAGACGACAAUAAUAAAAAGGGGGCGACGUUUCCUUUGGAAGGAACUCAUCCAAGUGUUGGAAACUUCCCAGCGCAGCAUCGAUCGAGCACCUCCCGCCCACUUUACCUCUGAUCCACAAUCCUGGAAGGAGAGAGAGAGAGAAAAAGAGAGAGAGAGAGAGAGAGAGAGUCCUGCAGCCGCUGCGGUGGAUGGAGCAACAAAGGCUCGAUGGUUUAAACUAGAAGAGCUGCCCUGAUAACAACUCUCCUUUCUCUCCUCAAAGACUCCAUCACCUACAUAACGGGACAAAUCCGCAGCCGCCUGGAUCUCGUUUUAAAGGAGAACCACGAACCAGGUUCUACUUAGUGCAAAGUCAAGGAUCCGCAGCAAGACGCGAAAUUGAUGCUUUUGGUUUUUUUGGAGACGCGCACAGCCGAUCUCCUCUAGUUUUUUUCUUUUUGUUUUUAACCCAAAGUCUGCGUCCUGCACGGCGAAGGGAAAGAGAGGUAUAGACUACUAGUUCGUGGCCGAAGUGGGAUUUGCAGAAGUUACAUGCUUGGUCUUUGUCGUCUCGAGUGAGCCCUCGUUCAUCCACUCUCAGGUUAUCAGAGAAGAUCCGGAUAGUUGAGGAGCCAUGGCGAUGUGUGUGGGGAUAUGGAUACUGCUGCUGGCGCUGCACGCCCAAGGUGGCGACGGACAGAUGGUGCAGAUGGACCCCAGUAAGUCUGGCUUCGUGGGUUCGCAAGUGGAGCUGCGCUGCAUUUUCAUCAACAGCAACCCGCCAGUCAAGAUCUCCCAAGUCACCUGGCAGAAGCUCCUCAAUGGCACCAAACAGAACGUGGCCAUAGCCAACCCGGCCCUCGGCGUGUCCGUCCUGCAGCCCUUCAAGGAGCGCGUCAGCUUCAAGCAGGCGGCGGUUCGCCAUCGUACGCCCUCGCUGGAAGACACCACCAUCGUGUUCUCCAACCUGCAGCUUUCUGACGAAGCUGCCUACAUCUGCGAGUAUACCACGUUUCCUGCUGGCAACCGGGAGAACAUGGUCAACCUCACCGUAUUCGCCCGGCCCAUGACACGUAUGACCUUGACUACGCCCACGAUCGUGGCCAGGGCCCAGAAACGCAAGAUGACCGUCGCCACUUGCGUGUCAGCCAAUGGGAAGCCCCCGAGCGUGAUCAAAUGGGAGACCACGUUGAAGGGCGAAGCCACUUUCCAGGAGACCCGCAACCAAAACGGGACGGUGACAGUACGGAGCAACUACGUGAUAGUGCCGAGCCGCGAGACCCACAAACAGAAGCUUAGGUGUAUCGUGACGUACCGCGGCGAGAGGAUCACAGACAGCGUGGUGCUCAACGUCCAGUAUGAACCCGAGGUGAAGAUCGAGGGCUUUGAUGGAAACUGGUACCUGAACCGUCAGAAUGUUCAGCUGACCUGCAGCGCUGAUGCUAACCCCCCUGUCACGAUCUACCAGUGGAAACUCUUGAACGGCUCCCUGCCCACUAAUGUGGAGAUCAAGAACAACACCCUGUUCUUCAAGGGUCCGGUGACCUACGACCUGGCCGGCACGUACGUCUGCGACGCCACCAACGGCAUCGGGACUCGCACCGGCAGCGUGGACGUCAACAUCACGGAAUUCCCUAACAACCCAUCAGAUGAUGGCCAAGGGAUCCCGCAGGAGCAGCACAAUACAGGUGCCGCCAUCGGGGGCGCUGUGGGGGGAGUCGCCCUGUUGGGCGUGGCGGCCAUACUGCUCUUCGUAUUCCUGCGCCGCCGCCAGCGCACCUUCAAAGGAGACUACAGCACCAAGAAACAUGUGUUUGGAAACGGGUACAGUAAGGCCGGCGGCAUGCCCGCCCACCCUCCCAUCCCCAAGAACCUGCAGUACCCGGACGACUCGGACGACGAGAAGAAAUCCACCCAGAUCGGAGGCCCCGGAGGGUUCGAGGCGAGCGAGCGCGAUUUCGAUGGCGAGCAAGAGGACCUGAAGAGGCCCUAUUUCACUGUGGACGAAGGAGAGAGCCGAGAUUAUGACGAGCGGACUCUGGCUUUCCAGUAUGACCCUGAACCUGAGAUAGCCGAUGAUAUGAUCUCUCAAACCGACGGCUCUGUCAUUUCUAAGAAAGAGUGGUAUGUGUAGGGGCAUGCAACAACCAAACCAAACAACCCUUUGUCCCCCACCUGCAUUCCACUGCACCCUCCACCUCCAUCACGACCCCGCCCUCCCAUUCAUGCCCCACCAAACUGCACCUUUCACAGUCCCAUUCCUCUUUCGGUGAACCUUGUACCCAUUCCCUUCCCCCUGUCUGCCCCCACAUCAGACCCCAUCCAACUAAUGUCAUUUAGAAAAAAAUCAAGCGUCUAUUUAAAGUGCUAGCAACGUCAACAUGACAGCAUUGGUAUCAGUUCCAUCAGGUGAAUGGGCAAAGAGUAUAAACUAAGUUAUGUAAACGGACUCGUUGUCACUGACCUACGAGGCCAGGAGGGUGAUUGGUUGAUUAAUACUGGUGUAAUAUUCUUUUUGUGUAUUUUUUUCAUGUUCUAAAUGUAUUAAAUGUAUAAAAAGAGACUGCAGGUUGAGGUUUUGCUGAGCACAUUUGUGAAAGUCCUACACUGGAUGUGCAAUUUGGUUUUGGUUUUUUUCCAUUCCAUGCCGUUUUGUUAUUUUUAAUAUGUCUUUUUGUAUGAUUUUUUUUUUAAGUGAGCGGAGAAUUGAGAGUAACGUGUCCGACAUAAAUACAGGUGGAGUUCUAAGUGUUUGUAAUUUUGUGGUCAAAUGUUUCAGAGAAAGAAAAGAAAAGAGAAAAAAAAAAAACAGCGUACAGAACCUGUAUCAUUUCUCACUGGGGUUAACAUUUAUAAAAUCAUUCAUUUUUGUAUAUUUACAGCAUUACAAGCGGAUAUGUUAAUGUUGUUUUCCAAAGACAUGCUUAGUAUUCCUUGACCCUCCUUGUGUUUUAUAUGCUUGAUUAGUUUCUUUACUGAGAGGGAGUCUACUGAGCCAUGUGGACAUGGCGCUAACAG